GUGGAGAGAAAAGCCAGCUUGGAAGUAGACAAUCCAGCAGAUCUAAAUCUGGCUCGUUAUCAGAGCGGCGAUUUGUAGAAGAGGCGAGCGAGAUAAUUUUCCCAUCAGUGGGGGACUGAUUUCAUAGUGGGAGUUUUUCACAAUCACCAACAUGGCAGCCGCACUCGGCGCUUCAGCUUGGUGGAAUUUAUGGUACGGUUUGCAAGUGAACAAUGCUGUUGCAGCCCCAGAAAGCGGCGAUGUGCAGGAAGCAGAAGGGAAUAAGGAAAAUGGAAUCGCCGCUGAUUACAUGAUUGGACUGACCUAUAACAAGCUAUUCGAGCAUGAUGUCAUCGACAUGGAUUUGGCACCGGAGAAAUGGGGGGUGUUAACCAGCCACCAGGAAUACUUUGUCAAGAGCAAAAGAUUCAAUUCUUGUGUGGAGAGGCGAUACACGGACUUUGUUUCGUUUCACGAGCUCUUGAUCGCAACAUAUCCGUACAGGUUGGUGCCAAGGCUUCCGCCAAAGAAGUUAAUCGGAGCUGACACGGUGUUCAUUGAGGAGAGACGGAAAGCUCUCAAGAGAUGGCUAACUAUAGUGGCUCAGCACCCUAUUCUGAGUGCAGAUGCGACCACGCGCUUUUUCCUCACAUUCGAGGGACCGAAGGUGCAUGCCAAAAUUCAGGAGAUAUUCAGGCGCAUGCCAGACGAGUUUACAACUUCAUGCAUUGCCUCAAAAUCAAAGGAACUAGUCAAGUCUGUGAGUCCUACGCUGAUAGCGAACAGCCGAAAUCAAAUUCAGGUGAUACUUGCUGGGAUUUCGCAACUGAAAAGAAUUUCUGAGAGGAUGGUUGCGCGAUCUCAAGAAUACGCUUCAGAUUUAUCAGAUAUUGGAAUCGUGAUGUUGGAAAUGUCAAACGACAAUCAAGAUUCCUCGGAGUGGGCGGCAAAAGGCAACAAAAUCUGGGAAGAGACAAAAAUGGGAUUUAAAUUAGUGGCAAACGAGUUCAACGACCUCUACGCUCAAGCAAGUGAUCAGGCAACGGUACAGAAAGACGAGGUUCUGGAGAAACUGAAUUUGCUCUUUGACGUACUGACUGCUCAUCAACUUUUGUGCGAGCGUCACGAGAAAGGAGUCGCACAAGACCAUCAACGAGCGCUUGCUAAAAUGCUGGCUUUCAAGAAAGUGAAAAUUCAAAAGUCCAUCAGUGGAACCGAUACCGAAACUCUGGAGCGUUUGGAGAAAAGAAUGAUGGAACAGGAAAGCAUAAUCGCCGACGUUGAAGUGCGAAGUGCAUUUUCUUUGCACUGCAUGACACAGGAGACGCAACUAGUGCACACUUAUUUAGGAAUUGUCACCGAAAUAUUCAACUCCUUGAUAUCCGUUCAAUUAAUUGGGCACAGUGAGAUGUCAAAAGUGUGGAAAGGAAUGCAGGAGAAAAUCUUCCAGUGCUUGCCAAGCAAUUCAGAAACUGCGGACUGAACUAUAAGUCUUUGAUGCCAGUGCUUUAUGAUUAAAAGAUGAGCUAAAAUAAUUUUGUAAAAUAAAUAUUUUCAGCAGAAUA